GCACCCAAGCUAAGUAGUUCCUACAGGGACAAGAUGCAGUGUGGGCCUGCGAUGUCUCAGGUAUCGGAUCAGCAUAUGAAGGUGCUUAAGGACUCAUCAUUACCAAAUAUUAAUAUAUUUCUAAUACACAUUUUAUGAAUAUUUCCUGUUACUAAAUAGAUCUGGUUUCUGAAAGUUAUGUUGCGAACUACCAUAGAAUUCUAAGCUCUCUGAUACGUUGUGCCGCAGGCUGUUAGGAGGCUCCCAUAUACAGACCGGCUUGGCCUGGAGGGGCUGAAUCAGCAGCUUACAUCUUAUUUAUGCCACCUUGUACCAUUCAGUUGAUAUCUCCCCUCUCUUGUCUCUAACCUAGCAGUCUGUGGGAAAUGGAGCAGUUGGCGGUGGCUUAUCCCGACCCUCGCUCUUUCCCUUGCCCUCCUGUUCCUGCUGUGGAUAAUCCUGAUGGCCAUAAGUGCCUCUUUCUAUUCUGCUAUUUAUGCUGAGAUGCUGGAGCUGAAGCAAAACAAGAUGGAGACAAAGAAGGAAUUAGUAUCUCAACUUCUGAAUGUCCCAGUAAAGAUGGAAGAGCGGCUAAUGGCAGAAAUGACAAAGCUUAAGGAAGACAUGGGAAAAUAUUUAAGGAAAUGCCCAGAAAACUGGCAGUUCGUAGGGUCCAAGUGUUAUUAUAUUUCAACAACAACUCUGACCUGGGAAGAGUCUAAAAAUGACUGCUCCAUGCGAAACUCCAACCUCCUCAUUCUGAAGGACAAAAAGGAAAUGGAUGAUUUACAACCAUCACUGAAGGGUAAGGCUUUCUGGAUUGGGAUGACUAGAAAUUUCAAUGCGUGGCUAUGGAUAGACUCCAGCAUUCCAAGCUUCACGUCGUGGGCUCCCAAUGAACCCAAUAAUGCUUAUUUCCAAGAAAACUGUGUAGAGAUCAAAGAAGGAACAUGGAAUGACCUCAACUGCAUCACGAAGAAUUAUUAUAUUUGCAAGGAAACCUCUAACUGACAAGGCAGCUGGUUAAUAAAAAUGUAAACCAGUCACAGCUGGGACUUGGGAAGUCUAUGGAGCCCAUUUGUAUCGCUUCUCAACAGGGAGAAAACUACAAAAAACUGAAUAAGCUACAGUAUGUGCAACUUUAACCGUCCUGUGCUCUACUACAACUUGGUUAUAGGCAAUAACCAAUGCAGAAAGCAUUAGCAGCCUAUGUGUUAAUACAUAUUUUAAUUGUACAUAGCUUAAAAUUGGGGGGAGGGGGGGGGGUGGCUCUGUCCAAUGUUUUUCUUUACUAAUGAUUAUAAUGCUAUGAUAUGGUGCUCAUUAAUUGAACAAGAUUUAAAUUUUAAUCAAGAACAAAUAUAUUAGGCCUAAAACAAUAGUACAGGUAUCGGACUCCUUAUCCGGAAACCCAUUAUCCAGAAAGCUCCGA